AUGUCUCUCAUUUGGCUGAUGCUGUUGUUCUCAGCUCAUCUGUCUGAAUGUGUGCCGGAGAAGCCGAAGAGGUCGGCUCUGAACCAGCUGACCAGGACCCUCCUGAGGAAAUACGACUGUGGAGUUCGGCCCGUUCACAACUGGACCAGUGCUACCACCGUCUCCAUAGACCUCAUACUGCAGUCUGUCCUUGACGUGGAUGGAAAGACACAGAGCAUUACUAUAAGUAUUUGGUACAGACAGAUCUGGACCGAUGAGUUCCUGGUUUGGGACCCGGAGGAGUUUGAUGGCAUCAAUGAGAUCUCACUGUCGUCUGAUGCCAUCUGGAUACCUGAUGUCAUCGUUAGUGAAUUCGUGGACGGGGGGAAGUCUCCGCCGAUCCCCUACGUUUACGUCAACUCCUCCGGCUCCGUGAAGAACUACCGGCCCAUGCAGGUGGUGCUGGCCUGCAGCCUGGAGAUGUACGCCUUCCCAUUUGACAAGCAGAACUGCAGCCUCACCUUCCGCAGCUGGCUUCACUCAGUGAAGGAAAUAGACCUGGCUCUGUGGAGGAGCGCGGAGGCCAUCGCUGACGAUAAGAGGGAGUUCAUGAACGACGGAGAAUGGGAACUGCUGUCCAUUCCUUCACACUACUGGCAAAUCCACCAGGACAACACUGACUACGCACACAUCCAGUUCAAUGUGCUGAUCCGCCGGCGCCCCCUGCUGUAUGUGGUGGGCCUCCUCAUCCCCAGUAUCUUCCUCAUGCUGGUGGAUGUGAUCAGCUUUUAUCUGCCUCCGGACAGCGGCAUACGCAUCGCCUUCAAGAUCAGCAUACUGCUGGGCUACACCGUCUUCAGAGUCAACAUGACGGAUGAGCUGCCUGCCACUGCCGUCAGAACGCCUCUUAUAGGUGUGUUCUUCGCGGUGUGCAUGGCCAUGCUGAUGCUCAGCCUCAUCAAGUCUAUACUGGUGGUGAAGCUGCUCCACCACAGCGAGAAGGAGGUCAGGCAAAUGUCCGUGUCUGCCUGCCUGCUGGACAAGUACGGCUCGGCCGGCCCCAGCAAUGAGAGCGCUUUAACCUCCAUCAAAACCCUCGACCGCAUCAACCCGUCUGGAGAUUAUGAGCUGGAGCCGUCACUGGAGGGGGAUCUGCUGUCCCUGAGCGAGUUCCAGGAUGUUCCCUCUGGGCUGGAGUGGCUCCUCCAGGAGCUGGUGUCCCUCCGUUUGGCUUUAUCACAGGAGGACAGCGAGUCGUCGGCUCAGGCCGACUGGCUGGCCCUCUGCUCCAGGCUCGACUGCUUCCUGUUCCGCCUCUACCUGUUCGUUCUGGCCUUGUACGCCGGGACUCUGCUGCUGCUCUGGGCCAGCUGGAGCUUCGCCUGA